UAACCCAAACACCUCUGAUCCAGUAGAAGCCUUAACAAUGUCCGACUACCAGCAGCAGCAGGAGGAGGAGGCAACUGACAGUAACAUAAUAAACGUAUUCUGGGACAAGGGUAUGUUGGAUCAUGACAUGGGUACAGGAGUAUUCGAUAGCGGAAUAGACCCUGGUUUUCUAGACAUCCUUGAAAAACACCCUGAAAACCCUGACAGGAUAAUUAACAUUGUUUCCAUCCUUAAAAGAGGUCCAAUUUCCCCUUUCAUUUCAUGGCACUCUUCUUCUAAACCUGCUCAUGUUUCCCAAUUGCUGUCUUUCCAUACCCAAGAAUAUAUCGACUCUCUACUCGAAGCAGAUAAAAAUGGAGGAAAAACAAUUUGUAGUGGGACAUUUCUGAAUAUUGGGUCAUGGAAUUCUGCACUUUUAGCUGCUGGCACUACACUUUCAGCCAUUAAGUAUAUUCUUGACGGACAUGGAAAGUUAUGUUAUGCAUUGGUUAGGCCACCUGGCCAUCAUGCUCAGCCUACUCGAGCUGAUGGCUAUUGCUUUCUAAAUAAUGCGGGCCUUGCUGUUCAAUAUGCUUUAGAUUCGGGUUGUAAAAGGGUUACAGUUAUAGAUAUUGAUGUUCAUUAUGGUAAUGGAACUGCAGAGGGUUUCUACCAUUCUGACAAAGUUCUGACUAUUUCCCUUCAUAUGAAUCAUGGUUCGUGGGGGACAUCUCAUCCUCAAAGUGGAGAUAUAAAUGAGCUUGGUGAGGGGACUGGAUAUGGGUAUAAUCUGAAUGUGCCUUUGCCAAAUGGAACGGGGGACAAGGGAUAUAAGUAUGCAAUGGUGGAGCUCGUCUCCCCUGCUGUUAGAAAGUUCAGGCCUGAUAUGAUGGUUUUUGUUGUUGGUCAAGAUUCAAGUGCUCAGUUUGAUCCAAAUGGAAGACAAUGUUUAUCAAUGGAGGGUUAUCGAGACAUUGGCCAGAUAAUUCGCAGGCUAGCUGAUGAUCAUUGCAACGGGCGCAUCUUAAUUGUGCAGGAAGGUGGGUAUCAUGUAACAUAUUCAGCGUAUUGUCUUCAUGCAACUCUUGAAGGCGUGCUUAAUCUUCCGGCACCUCUGUUAUCUGAUCCCAUUGCUUACUACCCUGAGGAUGAUGCAUCUGCUAUUAAAGCUAUUGAAUCAAUUAAACACCAUCAAGCAACAGUUGUACCAUUUUUAAGAGAUGCCACCCAUUAGCCUUUCUGUACACAUGAAAUAGAUUGCAGUUAUUUAGAAUCAAACUGUUGUACCAGUUCUCUUUAUUUAAUGACUCAGGAAAUCAUUUUGUUUA